CUUCCCGCACUCCCUCUCUGCGGCCGCCCUCUCCCCGCAGCUCGCUUGCGUGCACUGUACACUCCGUAGCCCACCAAUACCAGCUCUUUCCACCCGCUACCUCCCGAGAUGUCUGUCCCUUGGCCGGUUCAGGUUGACAUCGUCGCGGCGUUUUCGCUGCUCGGUUUCGUUCUGGUGUGCAUCCCCCUCUACUGGCACUUGGAAGCAUGGAACGUCGGCUGCGUCAUGUACAUUUUCUGGAUCGGCACCCAGUCGCUUUUCCAGUUCAUCAACGCCGUGGUCUGGCGCGAUAACGCGAUCAACUGGGCCCCUGCUUGGUGCGAUAUCACCACGCACUUCAGCAUCGGGACCAGCAUCGCGGUCUGUUGCGCGUCGCUCGUCAUUAACCGCCGUCUGUACCACAUCGCGAACAUCACCGCGGUGUCGAUGACCCAGGCGGACAAGCGCCGCAACAUCAUCACCGACCUUCUCAUCGGCAUGGGUAUCCCGGUCCUCUCGAUCGCCCUCUACUGGUUCUACCAGGGCCACCGCUUUGACAUUCUUGAGGGCGUUGGCUGCGUCGAGGAGUACCCGAACUCCUUCCUCGCAUACCUCCUCUUCAUCACCUGGCCCAUCCCCAUCGGCCUCGUGUCUGGAACCUACUGCAUCCUCACCCUCCGCGCGUUCUUCCGCCGCCGCCGCGACUUCAGCGCGCUCAUCGCCUCGAACUCGAACCUCACCUUCAACCGCUACUUCCGGCUGAUGGGCCUCGCCGCGAUCGAGGUGCUCUGCACGGUCCCGCUCGCGACGUACAACCUCGUCGCGGACGCGACGCAGCCGAUCUACCCGUACGUCGGCAUGGCGGACCUCCACUUCGGCUUCUCGCGCGUGAACCAGAAGAGCGCGGUCUCGUGGCGCGCGGACCCCGCCGUCGUGAGCGCGAUGGACUUCAAGCGCUGGAACGUGAUCGCCUGCGCGCUCGUCUUCUUCUGCUUCUUCGGGCUCGCGGAGGAGGCGCGCAAGCACUACCGCCUCGCGCUCUCCUCGGUCGCGAAGCGCGUCGGGAUCACGACGCUGGGCGGGUCCUCUGGGUUCACGGCGACGGGCUCGCGUGGGGGCGCGAGCAAGGGCAUGGGCGGCUCGUCGUUUGGGCGCGUCACGAUCCCGACGUUCGUGCAGCGCCACACGCGUGCGCGCGCGUCGAUGGACAGCUUCUCGGACGGGCUGUCGACGAACAUCUCCAUUGGCGGCGACCUGGGCAUCGACGAGAAGGCGACGUACUCGCCUGUGGAGAGCGCGGCGGAGGGCUCGAGCGUGAACGGGUCGAGCACGUUCCUGGGCUCGCCGAUCUCGGAGAAGCAAGUCUCGCCGCUGGAGACGCUCCCGCCGGUGAGCUUCCCGCCUGCGCCGAAGCGCGUGUACGACCCCGAGUCGCCGACGCGCCGCGAGACGGAGCCGGACGUGCCUGCGAGCGUGCGCCCGCAUUCUAUCGACAUGGUCUAAUCCACCGUGUCCUCCUUCCUCCUUAAUCGACCGGCUUUCUCUCGCCUCGCCUUUCCACAAUUCCGCCUCCCAACAAUUCCACUUCUCCACAACACACUCUCGCGUCCCCAAAACUAUUCGUCCCUCUUACUCCGUUGCGUCGCCCUCCCCAUUCGGAUCCGCCCUCCCGGAUACUGCGUUCAAACCGUUACCCCUCAACUGUAUUCCUAGCACUCCCCC